AUGACCAGUGCUAUUCCUUAUGACCCAUUUGACGAUAUAGACAACAACCCGUUUUCUGAGCCGGCAGUUGAAUCCGCUCCAGGGACACACGAUGCAGACGAGGCACGGGACAAUGAAGCUGAAAAUCAGCCACAGCUGCAGAAAGGCGAUGAAGAGAGAUCCGUGACUGCUCCCGGUGAAGAUCAAGACACUACACUACAAGAACAACUGGAAAAUUUGGUCCCAGAACGUAAAAAUACAAAGUUUACUCUGGUGGUCAAAGUCACCGGACUGGAAAGAGUAGGGUCCCUCGCUAACAAGAAAGACAAUCCUGCCAUUAUUUUUGAUGCCUCGACUAAUUUGCCCACUUUCCGCAAGCCCAAGCACCGCAAUCUCAAGAAAACCAUGUCGGAAUUCCAAAACCUGUUCAAGUACCUCAACGCCGCGUUGCCCGAGACUUUUGUACCCAGUUUGCCCGCGCCCAGUACUAAUUACGGGAUCCAAAACAACGAGGACUACCAGAAAACGCAAAGCGCCAUGCAGGAAUGGUUCGACCGGAUCUGUGGAGAUCCGCUUGUGCUUCGGUGCGAAGAACUCGCUUUUUUCAUCGAAAGCGACUUCAACACGUACACUCCAAUCGGUAAAGUGAAAUCUACCGUUACAGGGCUCAGGCGUAAGACCUUAAAGCAGCUUGCGCCUCCGUUCGACGAAUGUCUCGAGCUAGCGCAAUUCAGACCGCUAGUCAAAUCAAUUCACUACAAUUGCCAUGAGAUCCAGCUCAAACUCUACAGACUAAGCAAACUUCGAAAAAUGCUGUCUCAGGACGAAAAUGGAGUGGGUCAGACGUUCACGGAAAUGCUUACGGAUUCGAGCCAGAUUCACACCAAGUUGUACAAGCGCUUCGGUAAGACGCUCACCGCCGUGGGCGACAUCGACAGCGUCGUGGCCACACUGGACAUGGCGACCCUCUACGAUGGGCUGGCAUGGAUUGUGCAGGACACGUACGUCGUGAAGGAGGCCCUGACGAACCGUCACUUCUUGAUGCGUGAGUUGCUGCAGGCGCAGCAAAACACCAAAUUCAGACAAGACCAAGCACGCAGACUCCGCGUCAAACGCGAUGUCAAUCCCUUAAAAGUAGACGAAGCUAUCAGAGCAUUGAAAACUGCUACCACGGCAGAACACGAACUUACUCUAAAGUUGCAACGCACGACCGCCAACAUGCUGUUUGAGAAACAGAGAUGGCUCGAAUGGUAUUCCCAUGCACUCACUGCCGCUAUCCGAGAAUACACACUGCGCAAGAUCGAAUACGAACGUAAGAAAUUGACGCUGCUGGAACGCAUAAAGAGCGACGUGAGAUCAGCGGACUUGAAGGGCGGUCUUUCUCGUCUGGGACGCGGCGCUUCGACCAGCUCAACCACUGGACCGUCCCAGACGCCUCAGGGUGACAGUUGGACGGGCAACUCGCGUUAUCGUCAUUUUCAACCGGGCGUACUACAAACGGAAUUUGACAACAGCCUGCAAGAAGAACAAGACUCUACCCACCCAACCGAUCCAGAGGAGCAACGAGCGCUGGACGCCCGCAACGCCGCCGCUUUACUCGGUACCUCCACGUUCUGA